UGGAGAGCAUGCUGGGACACGUACGUGUCACUCAGUUUCUGCUUGCUCAAAAUCAUGUUCCGCUGGUCUGAACAGUCUGACGUGGCAAACGAAGACGAGAUCCCGAACGACGAGGUGGAGCUGUUGGUGAUUCAGGCGUGGAGGACCGACAUGGAAGGCGAGUUGGUGGGGAUCUUAUUCGGGCUGGUGGGCAUAGAUCAUCUGGUGUCGAUUACAGACGAAUUGCUGGUAUUUCUGGCACAGCUCCUCGACGAUCUACCUUUGGGCAUCAUCGCUCAAUGCCAUCAGUGUCCCGCGCACAACACUCUGGAGCGAGCCUUGACACCCCAACUAUUAUGGACGCCUUGCUCCGAGACAUACGGUGAGAACCGCUAUUACCCGUCGAUAAGCAAGUACUUGGAGUCGGUGGAGGUAAUCCAUCCCCACUUAUGGGAACAAGUGGGAGCACUGGAUGUAGCGACCACUGAGAAUGAGGCGGAAGAUAGCACGGAAAUAGAAUCGAGUGGUUCUGCCUAUAGCGAGCACAGUGAGAGUGAGUCGGGAGAACAGAAUGGAUCAGCGCGGAAUGGAGCGAGUCAGAAGACGUGGCGACUGCACAAUGGAGGCAAGAAAGAGCGGAGGGGAAGCGACCUAUAGAUCAACAGGCCGGAUUAUCGCAGCCGCCUUUACAUGACGACCCUACACGUGGCCCGGAGCCGCCAUAAG